UUGAAAGAGUGGUCGGAAAGUCGAUUACUUUCUUACAAAAUCUUCACUAACACAAGCUUUUAGAGAGAAAUAGCAACAAAAAAAAAGCUAUCAAUCCGCCAUAGCCGCCGAGCUUCCUUGUUUCGUUUCUUCUACCCUUGAAAAAUCCUUCAUUUCUGUAGAUAAUGAACCCCCAAGUUAAUAAUGACCGGAAGGAGUUUCCGGUAGAUCCCACGGCAAGGCACGAUUCAUCCAGAGGAGGAGGCAAUGGUGGUGGAGGUGCGAGGUACAAGCUGAUGUCACCAGCUAAGCUUCCGAUCUCGAGGUCUACCGACAUCACUAUUCCUCCUGGGCUGAGUCCCACUUCCUUUCUGGAAUCUCCCGUUUUCAUCUCCAACAUCAAGCCUGAACCUUCCCCUACUACUGGUUCUUUGUUCAAACCACGACCAGUUCACGUUAGUUCAAGCUCUUAUACAGGAAGACCAUUCCAUCAGGACAGCACCGAGCAAAAGUCAAGUGAAUUUGAGUUUAGACCUCCUGCUUCCACUAUGGUUUAUGCAGAGCUUGACAAGCAUAAAAGUGAGCCAGCAGUCCAAUUUCAAGGCCAAGGCUAUGGAUCCUCACACUCACCUUCUUCGAUCAGUGAGGCUGCAGCUACCUCAGGUGAUCUAAGGCGGCCAACUCAGAGCUCAGAUAUACCGGCAGGAUCUGAGGUAGAUGAAUCAGUCCAGGCAUUACAAAAUGAUCCGAGGGGAAGUGCACCAUCAGUAUUGGCAGAUGAUGGUUACAACUGGAGAAAGUAUGGUCAAAAGCAUGUCAAAGGGAGUGAAUUCCCCCGGAGCUAUUAUAAAUGUACUCAUCCUAAUUGUGAAGUGAAAAAAUUAUUUGAAAGGUCUUAUGAUGGCCAGAUCACAGAUAUUAUUUACAAGGGUACGCAUGACCAUCCUAAGCCUCAACCUGGUCGACGAAACUCUGGUGGUCUUGGUAUGUCUGCACAAGAAGAAAGAGUAGAGAAGAGCGUGUACAACUUGGCACAAGCCAUUGAGCAAGCUGGUAACCCUGAGGUGCCUCCUACAACUGAGGAUGGUGGAGAAGUUGCAGUGUCAAAUAAGAGUAAAGAUGACCAGGAAGAAGAUGAUCCAUAUACAAAACGGAGGAGGUUGGAUGGGACCAUGGAGAUAACUCCACUUGUGAAACCCAUCCGGGAGCCUCGAGUUGUUGUUCAAACUCUGAGUGAGGUUGACAUACUUGAUGAUGGUUAUAGGUGGCGUAAGUAUGGGCAGAAGGUCGUAAGAGGAAACCCAAAUCCCAGGAGCUAUUACAAGUGCACAGCUCCUGGAUGCCCAGUGAGAAAACACGUGGAGAGGGCAUCACAUGAUCCGAAAGCUGUUAUAACAACAUACGAAGGCAAACACAAUCACGAUGUCCCCACUUCAAAGUCUAGCAGCAAUCAUCAUGACAACCAGCCUCGGUUCAGACCAGGUGAAACAGACACCGUCAGCCUCAAUCUUGGUGUUGGAAUCUCGUCUGAUGGACCUGACCACACUUCCAACGAGCGUCAGCAUCAGAAUCAACAACAACUCAUCAACCAAACUCACCCGAAUGGAGUCGGUUUCAGGUUUGUUCAUGCUGCUCCCGUUGCAUCGUACUAUGCUAGCUUAAACGGCGGUUUGAAUCAGUAUGCACCGAGAGAAACUCAGAACGAGACUCAAAACGGUGACAUCUCGUCCUUGAACCAUUCAUCUUACCCGUAUCCGCAUAACAUAGGGAGAAUACAGUCUGGUCCUUAGAAGACAAAGGAAGCGAGAGUGAUGGAUUCUUCUUAGGUUAGGAUUGGAAUGAGACCUUGUUCUAUAUGAUUCGUCUCUCUCUCUCUCUCUACUGCAGAGAGCUGAUCUUGAUUUGAAAAUAUUAUAACCACCAUAUAUAUUUGUAUGUGUCACCUGUUUUGAGUUCCAAGGAUGUGUUGUAAAAGUACAGUAUGUUGAAUGCUUUCUUGAAAAACAAAAAAACAGCAACAUGUUAUUACAAA